GAUCGCCGAACGAGACCGUAGCAGAAUUUUCAUGUCGCGUCGUGGCUAGACAUCAGAGAUAUUUACAUAUAUCCCUAGAUAUAUUCAUGUGCUACCAGCUGGCAGUGGCAGUUUUGAGUGCGGCAAGACGCGUCAAGUGAAAUCGAGUUAUACACAAAAAACAAACCAAUCAAAAUUAUCGUGAAGAAAAAGAGACUGCUGAACGAAAAAUAUGACGACCCAACAGUUACUUAGCAAGAAUGUCCGCUCCAUGCCCUCUUGGGUGAACGAGGCCAAUGACCGCAUUGGACCGAAGCCGCCGCCCACGCCACCAAAUGGAGUGGCUGGGGGUCAUCCCAAGGCUCCUGCCCUGCCGCCCAAAUCGAAGGACACUCCCGAGCCGGACUACGAGAUCAUAGAGUUCUCCAACCAGCAGUACUCCAACGAACCGAUGAAGACCACAGUGAUAAGGACCAAGACGCCAGAUAACAAACUGAAGUGCACUUUGUGCGGCUCCCAGAACCCCUGGGUGACCUGCGCCGAGUGUGCGGGGCAGAUCUUUUGCGCCUCCUGCGACGACAUGUUCCACAAGCACCCCAAGCGUAAGACACACAUGCGAAAGGCCGUGGAGCAGGGUACCCCACCGAUCCCCCCGAAGGUGCAACCCGGUGGCGGGGCACCUCCCCCAGUGGCACCUCCGCGGCGCAGCAAACGCGGCCUCCUUACACCAUUUCUGGGCCGCAAGGAUCAGAUGCUGCCGCCGCCCUCGCCCACGCCCUCGCACAAGUCGCUGGGUGGCUGGCGGGGACCAUUUGGGGGCGGGGCCACGCCCCCGGUGCCAUCAGUCGCCCACAGCACAUCCAGCUCCACCUCCACCUCCCAGAUGAACAACCGCCCGCUUCCAGAACCACCGCGCAGCGAGGGUGGGGGGUCCUCCAGAUCGGGCACCCCCAAAUCCGUAUUCGACGCCAUCCAGCGUCCGCCGUCGGUGCAGCUGGAGAAGAUCAAGACCAAGGCCAGCGCCACCCUGGACCGCAUGGCCAUUCUUCAGCAGCGAUACCGCCAGCAGAAGGCCCGACAGGAUCUGAGCGCCAACAGCGAACAGCAUUUGUCAAAUGGAGCCGGGUUCGAGCACUGGUCAAACAUUUCACCAUCGCCCUCGCAUUUUCGUUCCGGCAGCAUGUCAUCCGGUUUGAACUCAUCCCAUUUCGAUCUCUCGGAUGACUCACAAUUUCACAAUUCCUUGCUGCUCCAACAACGACAGGCGGCCGGCGCCCAGCGGCGGCAGAUGAGCACCUCGGUGUUUAACCUGAACACUAACCCCCGGCGACCUUUGGCCGAAACUCAGAACGGCAGUGCCUGGCUCGCCAAUCAGCGGAUCCAACAGGCGCAGUCCCUAGCGCAGCUAAACUGCGCUGGCUGUCAGCAGAGCCAGCAGCAUCCUGGCUGGGCACAACAUCCACAUCACCAACAUCCCCAGCACCAGCAUCCUGACCAGUGGUCUCAGUUUGGCUCCCAGCAGCAGUUCAACAACUCCAACCUGUCCCUCAAUGUAGGACCUGGUUACAUGCCACAGCAGCAUCCGCACUAUCCGCCACCUGUUUUUAUGACCCAACGUGGAAUGAUGCCUAAUAUGUAUCCCGGGGCACCCGGCUAUCCCAUGAUGCAUCCAGGUGUCAUGGGAAUGCCACCUUCGGCUGCCUCCAGAGCUGCCUCCCGCUCUCGAUAUGCCGCCUCCCCGACGCCCAGCCGCAAGUCCAUGUCCUUGCGGCGCAAGCGCAACAGCUAUGUGGACGACGAACUAACUGAUGACGAAGACUCCGACCAGGAUGACAGAAGGUCCUUGGUCUCCAACCGAUCGGGCAUGACGAGCGCCUCGCGCUCCCAGCAUCACCAUCAGCCACGUCAAAGGCGCAUCUCGAGUGCGUCACAGCUGAUAGGUGGGGAUGAAUUUGAUGGCGAUCAGAGACACGGAACGAGACAGCACAAGAUACGAGAUCGACGGGGAUCCAUUGCCAAGUCAGUGCAGAGCGAAUAUCUGCCGGAGAGACGGGACAAUGAAGGAACCCUUACCAGAAAUAAGCCAUCAACGGACUCCGCUCGGACGAGUCGCAUUUACUCUGAUUUGGAAUCGGAGGGUUCGGGGGCUCGGGCCCUUGUUCAAGCCAAAAUCCAGCAGAAGCUCCAGGAAGCAGAUCAGCACAAGUCUUCGAAGAAGACGGAGCCAAAGCGAAGGCCUGAGAUGAAGGACGAGAACACUCAGGCUGCUGCGGUGGUGCAAAAAAUGGUGACCCAGGCCAAGGAGGAGAGUGCCUCGGAAUAUGAGGAAGUGGUAGAGGAGGUAACUGCCUCAGAAAGUGAGGCAGAGGCUCAGGCUCAGUCACCCGAGCCCCAGGUUGUCCCUGAGGAGAUUGAGGCCGACGAUCUGGGUCCACCACCUUCCACGCCAGACCACGAAUGGGAAUGCGAGUUUUGUACGUUUGUGAAUGAGCCCAACAUUAAGAUCUGCUCCAUAUGCUGCAAGACCCCUAGCAAACCUCCAGUUCAGCCUAACAAAGUCAAGAAGGUGGAAGAAAAACCACAACCUCAAGUUGCAAAGCCCAGUAACAUUAAAGUAGCCGCCAAGCCAGAAGUCAAGCCAACGCAGAAGCCCGCUCAGAAGAACCAGCAACCGAGUCAGAAAACAGUAACUGGAUCCACCAAGAGCAAUACCCAAACCUCCGCCACCACCACCACAAACCCAAGGAUUUCGCCAGCUGUUAACUCCAAGAACGCCUCGAGUAUUCCCGUCAAGACACCUCCAAAGCCUACGCUGAAAACUUCGUCGGAGAACGAAUCCGACAAUUCGCUGGCCAAGAGUAUACUGCACAAAGAGUCCGUUGAAAACAUUUGGAAUACUCUGGAUGAGAGCAUUCAGGCGCAGGCGGAGAAGGUACUUAAGAAGGCACAAAAGGUGUCCACGGGCUGUGGCGGAACUCCGCCUCGGGAAGUAGAGGCCGUGGAAAUGGGAACCUCACCGCCGCCCCAGAGCAUUUCUACACAAACCUACGACGCCCUGCCCUUCAAUUCAAAGUCGGAGGAGAUCCCAACAGUUGUGCCAACAGAUCGCUUCAGAACCCCAGAACCGAAUAAUAUGGAGCGACGCCCUCACUACCGCAGCAACUCCCAGCUGCCGCAGGAAAAUGAGCGAUAUCGUAGUGCCAACGAACUGAGGUACCACGAUGGCUUCGGCUUGGACCCCUAUAGUGCCGGUCUUGUCACCAAGCGACCCAAUUUCAUAAACGAUUUGCGCUUGCUGCAACAUCAAAUCUCUUCGCCCUUCGACAUGCCCCACGAGACAUUCAGCGUGAAGCACGAACCUGCCCGAGAUCCGGAAACGGAAAUGCACAUCAUUCUGAAGGAGCUGGAGCUGUACAAGUUCACAGUCGAGGAACUGGAGGCCGCUCUGAAAUACUGUUCCCCCGAGACGCAUCCCAUUCAGUGGCUGCGCGAGAACUGGCACAAACUAGUCCAAACGGUGCAGAGUUUGUCCACCAAGUACGGGCAGGAAAGAGGGGAAAACACGAUUGGAACCGUAUCCCAAAACGAGGCUCGAGAGGCUCUACGAAAUUCUGGUGGCAAUGUGUGGCAGGCCGUGGCGGACUGCAUCCAACAGCGACAGCAGAAGUACCGGAAACUGGCGGCCAAGGGGAACUUCCUGCGGGACGACAUCGUGAACGCGCUGACGGCGCACCAAGGUAAUGUGGAGCAGGCGCUGGUGGAGCUGAAUCGCACGCAACUCAAGCCAUUCCUAAUGCGCAUCUGGGGCUCGCCGAAUGGCGUUGAGAAUGAGAGUGGCUCGGCCAUAGACACCAAGUCGGAUAUCCAUGACUUCCUGAACACUCAUGCUUUGGACUGCCUGCAGCCUCCAUUGGCCAUGGGGGAGAGUCCCAGUCCCAGUUCCAGUUCCGCCCAAGCAAAUCCCUUCGACCCACUUCGAACUGACGAUAGCCCCAUAAAGUCCACCUAUGCCACACCCAGUCCCUAUCAGUUGGAGGACAGCACCCUGAAGAACCUGGAGAUACUCAUUGGCAACAUGGAACAGAAUCAGGCCAAGCAGAACCAGGAGGUCCUGCGCUCCAUUGAAACCAUGCUGGACACUUUCAAGGGCAAGCCGGAGCUGGAGUACGAAACGGAUCCGGAGAUAAUGCGUAUCCUCACAAAGAGUCCCAUCAGCACGCUGAAACCUCCGGGAUCCGUGGAGGAUAAGUCUUCCGAGGAUGUGAAAAACUUUGUGUGGCAGCACAUCCAGGACAUUGUGCCCAAUCUGGUGCAGCAGGUGGAGCAGGAGCUCCUGGAAAAGACCGAGGAAGAAAUUCAUGUUGAGGUACCCCAGUCUGAAGCAGUACCUACACCAGAACCUCUUCCUGAACCAGAACCCACUCCCACUGUGGAUCCUGGUGUAUAUAUUAUGGAGGAGGUCAUCAAGCCCAAUCUGAAGGAAGCCAGCAUUCGUGAAGAGCUACCACCAAGUUUUAUUUACGCCACAGAAAUAGCCAACUUCAAGCUGGAGUUUGAUCGAGGCACUGAGCGAUGGCACGAGGCGGAAUGGGAGAGCAGUGAUCUAACUGAUGCGGAACGCAUUGUUUUCAAAAGCUAUAUGGCUCCUAAGGAAACAGUCAAGGAGGUGGUUACAAAAACAGAUAACUUGCCUCCAUCAACUAAAACUCGAGAAGAAUCUGCCCCAGAGGUGUCCACCAAACCCCACAAGACUGAAAAUAUCGAAGAAGCCAAACUAGGAACAGCAACACCCUCAUUAGCUGAAAAAGAAAUCGUUAAUAAUAAACUCGCACAACAACCAGAAAUAUUAACACCUUCAGUUAUUGAGAAGACCAUUAAUGAAACACCGACAGCAAUGGAAAAUAAUCUACAGAAAUCGACGGGAACUCAACUCGAUGACCAGCCAAGUACAAGCAGAGAAGCUAACAGAAAAAGUAAGCUGCUGAGACAGCCGAGGAAAGGUAAAUUCAGGGAUCAAAGUCAAAAGCCAACUAACCGUUUAAAGUUACCCAAAGAUAAUGAACCGAAAGAAAAUGGAAUCAAAGAAGUACAAAAAGAAAGCAUUAAGCAGUCGGAUUUGGUUAACGAAAAUGCAGUUAAGGACAAAGCAGCAGACACAGAAGCAAAUUCUACUUCAAAUUAUAUUCAGUCUGUUGCAACUGAAACCGUUAUACCCACUACAAAAAACCUGCAUUCUGAAAGAACAGUUAAGGAAAUUGAAGACUUUGCAGUAAUCGAUCAAAAUAUGGCUACUCCAUCAAAGAUUGGCAGUGAUACUAACCAGCCAUCAGAUAACUCUGAAAGUGUAUUGACCAAUGCAGCGACACAAAGUACUGUAGAAGCUGUUUUGAAACAACCCAAUGAGCUUCAAGAGGUUGCCAAACCAGUUAGCCUGAACGAAAUAAGUGAACCCAUUACUCAAGAUAAACCAAGUAUUGAAGAUGAUCCUCUGCCAAGCACUACCAUUAAUGAAGAAGGAUCCGAAGAGUCCUAUGAUAUUGCUGAGGUCGCUAGCACAACGCAAAUAACUGAAGCUAACGCACAUCCCCAAGUAGACUCAACAAUUGUAAAUGUUCCUCCAUCAGGCAAUACACCAGUAAAAGAAGAAUACAACGAACUUAGUGUAGAAGAUACUCUCCCAACGGCAACCAUUUUUCAACCAUCAUCUACAACAAAUGAAGCUUCAACAUCUGAAAAUGUAGGUAUAGCUCCCAGUGCCCUAUCGAACGAUCACAAGAAAAGUCCGAAACGUUUUUCAAAAAUUCCUGUGAGAACCCUGAGCAGCAACAGCCUUCGCAGUGAAAGUAGGACCAGUAAUCGAACUCCAACUGCAACUGAUGAGAUCGAAAGGGAAGAAAUUGCGAUCGAAAAGGUAGAAGAACACAUUAGGGACAAAGAAAGUACUUCCAAGACAGAAGAAUCUUCUGUCACAAAGCAGACAGCUACACCGGAGGAAAUUCCAGUUACCGAGGAGAUCCAACCUGAUCAGGAAACUAACGUUGUUGAAGAACCUGCAGUUCAACCUUUGUCAUUAGAUCUGGAAGUGCAGACCCCCGCAGCUAUAGCAGUUACACCGACUGACUCCGAAGAAGUGUUCGAGGAUGCCCCCGAAUUUAGCAGCAGUGAGGGAACAAGACCCCAUGAUGAGGCCGCUUCCGAUGCUGAGCUUUAUAGUCUCGAUAGCGAUGGACAGCGGGCUGAGACCAAAUCGCCGGAAAAUGAAGUGCUCCUUUUACUGGAUGAGGAAUCCCAACUGGAAUCGUCAAUAGCCAGGACCAGCAGCAACGCCAGCAUGGGCUCCCAGUCAACUCAAUCGGAAUCAUCAAAAGUUGUACUCAAAGAAUUCAUUCCUUCCGGAGAUCCCGCCAAGCAGAACCUCAGCGAAUUGGUUGAAGACACCCAGCGGUUGAUCAAGCAAAUGCGCGAUGAGAUCAGCAUGGAUGAGUUUGAGUCCACCGAUGAUGAAUACUCCGAUGAGUACUCGGAUGAGUAUGACGAGGGCGAGGAGGAGGAGUGGUACGACAGCGAGGGCGAGGAGGAAGGGGACUUUGAUGCGGAGGAGGGCAAUACCUACAACGAACACCCUUCCUAUAUAGAAGAGGCAUCCACCGGUGACGAGGGCACCGAAAUCGAGGACAUAAUGGAGGAGGAUGAGGAUCAGGCGGAUGAAGACGAGGCACAACCCACACAAAUCGCACUAGACAUUGAACCAGUCAUAUCGCCCGCUCCGUCAGUCACGCCCACAAAUCCAGAAGCUGAACAGAUCACAAACACUGAGGUUGUUUCCUCCACAGGAAGCACCACGGAGACGGAGUUACAAAAUCCUGUCGUGGAGUUGAUCUUGCCUUCUCAGAUACCUGAAGAGGAGGCAAAGGCUGAAGCUCUGCCCAUUCAAUCUCCUCCCAUCAUAACUGACUCGGAAACUAGACCUGCGGAACAGCCAGUCGAAAUUGUCCUCGAAAUCCCCCUAGAAGUAGAGCCUCCCAUUGAAUUGGAAUCCGUUGAAGAACCCACAGCCCUGCCCAUAUCUCCCGCACCACCCAUUGUUGAUUCCGAAUCCCGACCAGUGGAGCUGCCCGUAGAGACAGUCCUGGGAGAGCCCAAAAAGGUAACCCCGAGCGUAAAAGGCAAAGGCAGCGGUGCUGCUCCAAAAUCUGCAAAGUCCACAGUCAGUAAGAUUCCCAAGCCCACCAAUGAACCCACUAACAGUUCAAGUAGUACUCCCCUAAACAAGAAGGUUCCACUGCGGUCAAAGUCCUUCUCGGCGCCUAUGGGUAUUUCUUCGGUGAAGAGGAUCCAAGAGGUCUACCUCCAAAAACAGAGCUCAUCGAUUGUGCCCAGUCGAGUGCCGCUCAAGAGCACUCCAACCACCAAAAAGUCCAUUAACGAGGCCAUUAGCAGGUUUAACUCAAAUCAGGCCGAAAUACCAAGUACCAGUGGAGCAGCGGCGGCUGCAGCGGCAUUGCUGAAGCCCCGUUCCCAGCCCCGCAUCCCCAAGAAGAAGUACCACGAGACCUGCUUCUCGGACGAUGACUACGAGACCUCGGCCUCGGAGGAGGAGACGCAGGAGUCUAACGAACCCCUGAAAGCCGAAUUGCUAAAGCGUAAGCUGAGUAUCCCUGUCUUCCGGGCGUAUCCUAGUGUUCAAGAGCCGGUUAUUGAGGACCCUGCGAUCCUGGCUCGCAAAUAUGUCGAUCAGGAACUGGUGGCCAACAUCGCAGAGGCCCAGAUAGCUGCCACCUUGGUGAACAUGAAGUUCUCAGAAGAUGUUGCUUUGUGGGCGGCCAAAGAGUGCUCCGACCUGGACCAAGCCAUCGCCAUGCUCCAGCAGGAGUGCGAGCUCUGCAUGAACAGCUACCCCAUGAAUCAGAUCGUGUCCAUGCUCAAAUGCCUUCACAAGUGCUGCAAACAGUGUGCCAAGAGCUACUUCACAGUGCAGAUAACCGAUCGCAGUAUCAACGAUUGCAGUUGCCCGUUCUGCAAGCUGCCCGAAUUGAGCAAUGAGUCUCAGCAUGAAGAUGAGCACCUGGAGUACUUCUCCAACCUGGACAUCUUCCUGAAGAGCAUCCUGGAUAACGACGUGCACGAACUGUUCCAGCGCAAGUUGCGGGAUCGCACCCUGCUGCAGGACCCCAACUUCAAGUGGUGCAUCCAGUGCUCCUCCGGAUUCUUCGCCCGACCCAAGCAGAAGCGGCUGAUCUGUCCGGACUGCGGAUCAGUCACUUGCGCCCAGUGCCGGAAGCCCUGGGAGCGGCAGCACGAGGGCAGCAGCUGCGAGGCCUAUCUGGAGUGGAAGCGCGAAAACGAUCCCGAGCUGCAGGCCCAGGGCGUCCAGGAGCAUUUGGCCCAGAACGGCAUCGACUGCCCCAAGUGCAAGUUCCGAUACUCUUUGGCUAGGGGCGGUUGCAUGCAUUUCACCUGCACCCAGUGCAAAUUCGAGUUCUGCUACGGAUGUGCCCGACCCUUCAUGAUGGGCGCCAAGUGUUCGGUUUCCUCGUACUGCGCCAAACUCGGUCUGCAUGCGCACCACCCACGCAAUUGCCUGUUCUACCUGAGGGACAAGAUCCCCAUGCAGCUGCAGUUCCUGCUCAAGGAGCAGAAGGUCAAGUUCGACACAGAGCCUGUGCAGCUAAAGGAUGAGUCUAGUAGCUCCUCCAAGGCCCGUGCCCAGGCCCGGUGCCCGAUCCCGUUGCAAAAGGAGACACCACAGGGCCUCGUCGAUACCGUGUGCAACACCGAGGUGCCCGAAAAGCACGCUGGCAUGUGUCGCACCCACUACGUUGAGUAUUUGGCUGGCAAGGUGGCAAAGGCUGGCAUCGACCCGCUGCCCAUCUUCGAUUUGACGGACUGCGUCCAGGAGCUUCGGAGGCGUGGCAUCGCCCUGCCAGAGCGAGGACCCUGGGACACCGACGAGAUCUACAAGGGCAUGUGCUCCGAGGUAAUCAAACAGCAUAUUCCACUGAAAUCGGCAUGAGCAGCAGAACAAGUGAUGUUUUGGAAGCGGUGGUCGACUCUUGCAAUUCUUCAUUAAUUUUUAUGAUUUAUGGCGAGCUCUUUUAUAGACAUUUUUAUACACCAUCCUACACAAGAAACAAACCCAGUUCGUUAGACAUUAGACAUGGCAUGUAUACUCCCUCAUCGACACCUACUCAUCGUACAUCCAUCCAUCCAUCCCAUUUUACCACUUUGUUUAGUUACUAAGAGAUGGAAAACAACAGCCCAAAGAAUCGGCACGUGGAACAGAGUGCAUCCAAUAAACCGAAUAUGUGAAAAUCCAA